AUGCAGCGGUGUUUGCGCUGGGGAAGUGCGACAACAAAAAGCCAGCUUGUUGCUGGGGUAUCAACUGACCAUGACUGCAGCUUUCAGGCUACCAUUGUGGCCUAUCCUGAGAAGGGCAACGUUUUCAUUUACACGCCCUUCUCAGUGAACGGCUCUAUUCCAAUACUAGGCCGGCAGUAUAUGGCUGGACAUCCGGGUUUGAAUAGCAAGGGAGUGGCUUACGUCCAUCAUGGAGGGGCAAUCUUGGAUGGUUCUUGCUCCGGGGGUGGUCCACUUGAGGAAUGGUGUUACGGCGUCCGCCGAGGUGCUGCCACCUUUCAUGCUCUACAGUUCGCAAACUCAGCCCAAGAAGCAAAGGACAUGAUGCUGAAUCUGCCUAUCGGCGAUCCUGGAGCUGUUCUCGGGUCAGCAGGUGGCAUGUGGGCCGAUGCGACAUAUGGAAUCGUUUUGGAGAAAAGAAAAGGCAGCCUAGAGCAGCCUGCCCCUAUCACACGCGAGUUCACUUAUGAUCAGGAAGGCAAAUCAUACGACUUCCUUUAUGCGAACAAUAAUGCCCUCAGCCCCGAUAUCAAUUCAACUGGUGCACCCUCUGAAGUGAAUUACCGGUACACCCUCGAGGGCGGCUGGCGCAUCUUGGGCCCUGAAGACGCCUGUACAGAUAAUCCAUCCAUUUUGAAGGCGAUAAUGUCGACAAAAAACAGUGCCGCUCGAAAUGAAUUCUUCCAUCGGGUGAUGCUGGCUAAAUACGGCCAAAUCUCGGUGGAUCACAUGCAAGCCAUCUACCGUCAAUCGGGAACCCUCCCCGAAGGCACGUAUGAGAAAAUAGUCGAAGCGUGGAAAGAAGGAAAGCAAUGGAAUUCAUCGGCUGCUCAUCGAGGAAACGCAUUCACCGCAUUGAUCGAACCGUCGCCAGCUCCAGAAACACCAGGCUCUUACUAG